AUGCCUUAUGUAAAGCAAGCUCUUUCCUUGCUUCAGAAUGUUGGAGUGACAGGGUCUGCAGAUUACAUAGAUUUAGAUGCCCCAACAUCCAGUUUGGUACAGGGGGCAUAUUCCACCCUGUAUCCUGACGAAAUGGGAGCCAGCACAAAAACAAAAAGCAAGAGUGAUGGAGACAGACCAGAUGUCACAGAAGAAACAACAUACAAUGGAUAUAGCAAACAACAGCUUAAAGAAAUGGUUUCCAACCAGAAAUCCUCCACAGACGCUAUCAAGUGUCUUUUCAAAGCACUAUUUUCGGUGGGGGAGCUGACAAUAUCUAGCGUUACUGGAAAGAAAACAGUCAAGGCAAAGGAUGGCCUCCAGGAAAGCAGGCGACAGUGUGUUGAAGUCAUUAUACAAGAAAAAUUUCCAAAAAUGGCAUUAAAAGAUAUAAGAAACAAAAUGAGGGACAGACUAAAGCUAUUUCGAAGGAGCCACCUUCCCCCACCAACAACAACAGAUAAGACAAAUUAAAUCUGAGAUAAAGUGACAUACAAUGUUUAUAUUUAGACCAAUGAUUGUUAUUUGUAGGAAUGAUGUACCAACAAGCAUAUUAAUUAAGUAAAUUUCUUAACUAGGUUUGCUCCUCAGCUUUUUAGCA